GAACCUUUUCAAAGUGACAUUUAUCACUUCACAGUUCACACGGAAAGAAAAAUUUAACCAACUGAGACUCGGUCACCUCCCCUCUCCUCUUCUGUCUUUGAGUUGUCAACAAAUUAUUAGUCCAGGUUCCUUAUUCGACUACUAAAUUUAAAAUUUAAUUUUCCCCUUAUUUCUCUCCUAUAUAUACACUCUUUUCCAGUCAUUUCUUCCAAAGGGAAUUGGCACUGAUAUUUCCUCUUCCUAUAACCUUGUUUUGUGCUAGUUUCACUUUUAACUUCUUUCUCAAAAAAAACUCCUGUUCCUAAAGGCUAGAAUGGCAUACUCAAAGGUAAUCGUUGCUCUGAUGUUGGCUUUGGUGGUUGGAUCUGCAUUUGCUCAGGCACCAGGAUCAUCUCCGGCAGCUUCUCCGAAGAGUUCUCCACCACCGGUAACAUCGUCACCUCCGGUGGCGACUCCUCCAUCUGCAGUAACACCUGUCUCUGCUCCUGCAAAUGCUCCUACUACUGCUUCUUCUCCAUCUGAAUCUCCAUUGGCAUCUCCUCCAGCUCCACCAACUGUCGAUACUCCGGCAUCAUCUCCUUCCGGUGGUGCUGCUCCUCCAUCCAUCGGUGCGGCUCCCAGCGGUUCUCCUACCUCAUCUCCCAACUCUGCUUCCUUGAACAGAGUCGCCGUCGCCGGAUCUGCUGUUGUAGCUAUUUUUGCUGCUACUUUCAUGCUUUAAUUAUCUGAUCUGUGAGAUAUUUUUUGUUUUAUUUUGCCGGAGCCGUCGACUUUUAUAGGCGGCGGUAGUCGUGGCCGCUGUUGAUUCUUUCUUACUACUACUACUAUUUGUUAUUGAUUAUUACUGGAUUCUUUGUUUAUUUUAUGGAGAGAUGUAUUCAUCAACUAGUUAAUAAUUUGUUCUGUUGAAGAG